UGACCAAUCAUAUAGUCCUGACUGGACCGGCUGGCCAGUCCAGUGGUGUGGGUGGAACAGCUUGGCUAGCGGGGCGAGAGGAGUUGCUGUUGGGGCUGCUUCGUUGGGGUCGGUCGGAUGCCUGGCGGAGUUCCUGACUGACAAAUUCAAUCAGGGUAAUGACGGCUUCACUCCCUUGGACCCUCGCAGUUAAUGUUUUGCCAGCAUAACAAACAAAAGCUUUAACAAAAUCAAUCAACGCACAAAAUAGACAAGAAACAUCAAAGUGGAAUCGGACAGUGAAGUUUGCCGUCUUUGAUUUUUUUUUCACCCUCCCAUUCUGUUAACUCUCAAAGUUGCAAUUGUCCUACCUCAUUUCUUAAUCCAAAAGUAUCUUAUCUAAUAGCUCUAUGCAUUGUCAGAUAAUAGGUGCAUUAUUAUUUAUCUCGUGUGUACUUGAUCUAAUCAUUGAGAAAGAGGCCAGUGGCUGUAUAAAACCCGCCAUCAUCAGUUAGUGUCCUGUGCUUCCAACUUUAGUCGACAAUUGCCAAAAGCUGAUCAAAAUGGCUUCUUACGGCUACUACAGGAUCAGCAUCUUCACUGCCAUGUUUGUGGGCUACACGCUGUAUUACUUCAAUAGAAAAACCUUCUCGUUUGUGAUGCCCUCUAUUAUGGAGGAAGUGACCUUGGAAAAAGAUGAUUUGGGUCUGAUAACCAGUAGCCAGUCACUAGCCUAUGCUAUCAGUAAGUUCAUCAGCGGAGUUCUGUCUGAUCAGAUCAGUGCUCGAAUGCUUUUCUGCAUUGGAUUAUUCCUGGUCGGGGUGAUAAAUAUCAUCUUCUCAUGGAGCUCCACCGUCACUGCUUUUGUUGUGCUCUGGUUCUUUAAUGGGUUGGCACAAGGCUUUGGGUGGCCUCCCUGUGGCAAAAUACUACGCAAGUGGUUUGAACCAUCGCAGUUUGGAACGUGGUGGGCUGUUUUGUCGACCAGCAUGAACUUGGCAGGCAGCCUGGGCCCACUCAUCGCCACAACGAUGGCCCUUAGCUACAGCUGGCGAGUGACCCUCUCUCUCUCUGGUUCUAUUGCUGUUGGGAUGGCAUUCGUAUGUCUGAUCUUCAUAAUUAACGAGCCCAUGGACGUUGGGCUACCUAAUGUCGAGCCAGGCCCAAAGAAAGGAAGCAAGAAAGGAUCUGUUGGAGAUGAGAGCACUGUGAAGGAACUACUGCUGACUCCAUACUUGUGGGUGCUGAACUUUGGAUACCUGGUGGUGUUUGGUGUGAAGACCUGUUGCACUGACUGGGGGCAGCUCUUCCUCAUUCAGGAGAAGGGACAAAGUGCACUUCUAGGUAGCUCAUUCAUGAGCGCACUGGAGGUCGGUGGCCUACUGGGUAGUAUUGCGGCUGGCUAUCUUUCAGACAAGGCUGUUGCUCGGAAAGGUCUUCGAAGUCAUGGGAAUCCUCGACAUGGACUUUUGCUCUCCAUGAUGACAGGAAUGGCUGUGUCAUUGUAUCUCUUCAGAGUCACAGUAACUACAGAGUCUACCAAGCUAUGGAUUCUAUCCUUGGGAGCCAUUUUUGGCUUUUGUUCUUAUGGGCCAAUCGCAUUGUUUGGAGUGAUAGCCAAUGAAUCUGCACCAUCUAACCUUUCUGGGACAUCUCAUGCUAUCGUGGCUUUGAUGGCAAAUGUGGGAGGUUUCCUGGCCGGCUUCCCCUUCAGUUCGAUCGCCAAGAUUCACAGCUGGGACAUGGCGUUCUGGAUAGCGGAGGUCACCUGUGCCGUCACCACCGUGGCCUUUUUCCUGCUGAGGAACAUCCGGACCAAGAUGGGCCGCCUGCCCAAGAAGGAAGACUGAAAAUUUCGGAACACUCAUCCAGUAGAGAGCACGCUGCUUUGAUCAUAUUGGUAAAGGCCCAUUAGUGAAUGCCGUUCUGAUCACACCAUUACUGAGAGUCGCUAUUCAGCCAGUCCCAUCACAAAAUUCCCCUUUCCAAAUCCCGUCCAAACCCAGUCUCACAAACACCUUGGCCCUUAUUUAUGCUGCAACGUUCGGUUAUUUUAACCAAGAGUUCAAAAUUUAUUCCAUUUCUGUGCUGUGGGGUUCUGUGGCCUGGAGAAUUUCUUUCAACUUUGCACUAGGGAUGACGUAGCUUCUUCCUGCUGUUCACUCUGGUUUAGUUGGUCGUGGUGGCUGGCCCCUAUUUUAUCGGAGUUACACAGCUCUGCACAAGAAUUGAUGGUGAAUAGUGCAUUAAUUUUUCUUUUUCAGCCGCUCGUGUGAAAUCUAGUCCAACUCCACAGAGUACCAGAAUGUAUCACUAGCCAGAGAGAAGAGCAGCAAGGGAGGGGGGGGGAAUACAAUUAUCCUAGCUGGAUCUCCACAGAAGCACAUCACCCGUUGCCAUAGUACUACUUAGAAGACUCCCCACACCUAGUAAUGCAGGGAGACAGACCAAGCACGUGCUUAUGUCUGUGUUCAUGUCUUGUUUUUCCUGCAGCAGGUCACCAAUCUGAAGCUGUAGCUUGAGGUGUGUCACUGCACAUCAAACACAGUUGACCAGGAGUGCCUCCCACUCUUAUUGCCUCCCACUCUUAUUGCCUGCCAUAGGCAUGUUGGAAGGAUUUGCAGGUUGACAAUCAACCUGUUUGGCCACGUUAUGAAAAUACCUUCCAUGGCCAUCAAGUCCUGGAGUGGGACUCUGGCUCAAAGGCAGGGAUGUUACUCACUGCGCUGCAGCACAGGACCUCCUCCCCACAGCGCUGCCACUGUUUAAAAAUAUAUCCUCCAGUUGACUCUAGCUGUUAACUCCAGUAAUUUUUUUCCCCACCUUGGCAAACCCAACAGACUUGGAAUAAAAAUAGAAAGUGUUGGAAAAACUCAACCGGUCUGGCAGCAUCUGUGGAGAGAGAAAGAGUUAAUGUUUCGAGUCCAUUAUGACUCAUGAGUUCCAAAGAGGGGUCAUAUUGGGCUCAAAACGUUAACUCUGUUUCUCUCUCCACAGAUGCUUGAAGACCUUCUGAGUUUUUCCAGCACGUUUUUUAUUUUAGAUUUCCAGCAUCCGCAGUGUUUUGCUUUUCCCAACAAUCUUGGAGUUUGCUGAUCAGAUAAAAGACUUUUAUAUUUAUAUAAUGUCUUUCAGGAUGUCCCAAAAUACUUUACAGCCAAUGAAGUACUUUUUGACUAUAGUCACUAUUGUAAUGUAGGAUCAUGUGAUCAUAUCUGCAAGGCUAAAAGGUCCGCAAUAAAAUUAUAUAACCAUGCACUGAUGUGCAUUGUUAGGCAUCUAGCCAUGUCUUUGAUUGGUACAAUUAAGAUUUUCUAAUUAAACCCAAAAGUAAUAGAUGUCUUAAAGUCAGUAACAAUUUAACAUGAGCCAUUGCAUUAUCAUCAAUCUGAUAUGAAUAUACGGACCAGGAGCAGGAAUAGGCCAUUUAGCCCCUCAAGCCUGCUCUGCUAAAAUUAAUAAGAUCAUGGCUGAUCUAAUAGUAACCUGAAAUCUGCAUCCCCUUACCCUUGAUAACUUCGCGUCCCCAUUCUUACCAAGAAUCUAUGCACCACUGCCUUAAAAAUAUUCAAAGACUCUGCUUCCACCACCUUUUCAGGAAGAGAGUUCCAAAGACUCAUGAUCCUCAGUGAAAAAAUUUCACCUCAUCUGUUUUAAAUGGGUGACCCCUUAUUUUUAAACAGUGACCCCUAGUUCUAGAUGCUCCCACAAGAGGAAACAUCUCCACAUCCACCCUGUCAAGACCCCUCAGGAUCUUGUAUGUUUCAAUCAAGCCGCCCCUUACUCUUCUAAACUCCAGCAGAUACAAGCCUAGUCUGCCCAACCUUUCCUCAUAAAACAAUCCGCCCAUUCCAGCUAUUAGUCCGAUAAACCUACUCUGAACUAAUAAAUAUGGGCAGAGAAGAAAGUAUCUUGUACUUGUGUGGAUCACAUGAUGUAAUCUUCAGGAGCGGUAUCCCACAGUUCUUUGUUGUGCCUUGUAUAUUUUAUUAAUGGUCUUUGAUCAGAACACCCACUGACACACGGCAGAUUAGCAACUCUCAGUAGUGCAUGGAACGGAAGUUAUUUGAGCUCAGCUCGUGAGCCAUUACCCAUGUGAUAAGACAGCAGCUUGCUAUUGGUGAGUUUUCCCUUUCAUUAACAGUCCCAUUCUCAGUCUACUCCUGGUCUGCAAGUGGACAGAUUUUAAUAACCCUUCUCCCAUCUAAUUGGAGAAGUGAACUCAUCAAUCAUACCCUGUUCUUCUUACUGUUCAACUAUCUUCAAGAACCAAAAACAUUGUCUAUUUCAUUGCUUCAAUUUAGGUCUUGUACCAAGAGGUGUCAUCAGUAAUAUAGGUGAAUCCUGCAAAGUAACUUACUGAAGGGAGCGUGUUUACAUUGGGAUUAUACUUGGAUUAGGACUGAUGUAUGAGAACAGUGCAUUGGAGUAACAUACUUGGCUCAAAAUUGUCACAUUAAUGGCUUAGUGAAAUGAAUGCGGUCAAGAAACACCUGACAAACACUGGAAGAAUUUAAACACGUUGUAAUCAUUGGCAUUUCAACAACGGCUAGAGGUUAUCCAAUGCCGUGUAGUCAGUCUGUAUUGAUUUGGAAUAAAUGAAGUUCCAUUCACAUCAUGUUACUUCAUUUUGCCCCAUAUUUAACAAGCUUUUCCUUUUCACAUGGUCCCGAUUAGCACACUGUUCUGUGUAGAAGAGAGAGGCUAGAUGUUCUCCUCAAAGCUGCUGUCAAUGGUAUGCUUGUGUUAUACAUUUAGCAGUGAAGAGCAGCACACAGUUACUCAUGUUGCAAUGCUUUCUCACUGUUAAACAGUUGAGCUUCUAUCCUGCAGCCAUUGCUAAUGGACAAUAUUGAGGCUAAUGGGGAGAAAUUCUGGCUUCAAUGCUGGGUCUAACUCUCCAGGGCACAAAAGAAUGGGAGUGCUGGGGUACCAGAGUCAUGAAUGCCAAUUGCUCACUGUACAGAGACAGUUUCUCAAAGUUAUCUUGCUACAGUUGAAUUUAUCUUUUCCAAACACUACUUACAUUAAAGAUUUGGGGGUGGUGGGAAAGAGUCUCAACUCCUGUUGAGUUAUGGUGUCUUAGCAAUAACUGGAAGGAGGUGCUUAUGCUUCACAAUUUGAAUUUCCACUUUAAUGUAAUUAAUCUAACUCUCAAAUGCUGACCCUCGUUGUGCUUAACUCUUAAGUUAUGCUUGAUUAGCAAAAGAAUCAGUGUUUUAAUGAAUGAAAAUGUGAUGGUUUAAGUUUUUUUAAUAGUCUUAGAUUUAUGUAUUAAACAGUAUCAUGAAACGGAAGGAGCCCAAGUGUCUUGAGAGUAAUAGAACAGCUGUUGUCACAAUAGGUGUAAUUACUUAAAAAUAUCUCAAGUCCUUUUACUAUAGUGAGGUAUAAAAGGAGAUGGUACAGAUUCAAAAACAGCUUUUUAAAAUCAUUCUAUGUGAAUAGCAACCAGUAACUUUAUUUUAAACAUACAAGAAAACCAGCUCAUAUUUGAUUGUGGCUUGCUGUCUCCUAUGAGUGGGAGAGAAGGUGCCAAUGGAUAUAUGGUAAUCUGUUCAGCAAAGACGGUGAGAAGUGUCAGAACUAACAUCCUUUACUGAGGCUUCAAUAACAGAGGCUCACAGGUAAGAGCUAAUUGAACUUUACUUUUAAGACUUUUAAGAAGCUCAGACUGCAAUAUAAAUCAGGUACGGCUAUAGGGUGCUGGAAACUGCAGUCUGAAUCUCAGAGCUACUUACUGCUCUUGGAGCACCUGCAGACUUGGGUCACCUCUGCAUAGAAUGGAUAUCAGCUGUACGUCGUCACUGGAAUAUAGGACGAAAAAAUACCUCGUCCCCCAAUGUUACAGGACUAUGAAAUCUAUUUGCAACAACUUUGGACACUGCAACUUAUACUAUUCAAGUAGCCAAUACCAGUUCAACAUGACAAAUCUGGCAUGUAAGAUAAUGUCCUAGUGACUGUGUUCUGGAACGAAUGCACUAGAAUAAAAAAACCACUAUUGUUUAAACUGGAUGUCAUUAUAAAUUUUGUCUUUUUAUAUUCAGCACUUAAGCUGAAGUAUUCAGUGAGUAACUUUUAUAGGAUAAAAAUUUAUGUGACAAUGUAUUGAGUAUCAAACAAUAUAUUAAAAAGCUUUUAUAAUGAAA